GAUUCCAACAACUGAUUUUCUAGUCUAGUUCUAGGUCGAAACUUAUGCUUACGUGAAAUGAGUAUUUCAUAGAAUCAAAAACUAGAAACUCUACGGCGAACAAGGACCUUCCUUCUGUGGACUGCGAGUCAAUUCCUAUCCUAUCCAGACGAACAAAACAAAAUCAUGAAGCAUGGUUACAAGGAUGAAGGCCUGUGGGACGCUAUUCAUGCCGUUGGCUGCAAGGUGGUGCCCGAGCCCAUUGGCAAGGCAAAUAACGAGGGUCGGCCAAUUGGACACACUACGCAUAACUUAUGGCAUCCAUAACUACUCGAUUACACCUUGGUAAUAACGUUGUCGCUUCAAUCACGACCCGCUGAGUAAUCACCUUUAACCGGUGCUGGAGGAGGCUUUCUUAGAAGCUAGUUCUUGAUUCACUAGAAAGCACUUCGUCGGAAAAUAGAACUCGCGUUGCUCGUGUGAGUAAGUACUAGCCUAGAGCGACGUGUAGCUCAUUUCCGCACUAGAAUCACCACGCACCAUCACAAACCAAAAAAAAAAACAUGCCGGCGCACGUGCAGGCACCGACCUAAAACUUGCGCUAUGCACCCACAGAAAGCGAAAGGAAACCCUUCCACAUCCUGAAGGACAGCCAAAAAGGCGCCCGGAAGGGGGAGAGGCGUUCUGGGGUCUAGUAACGUCCGAGAAAAGUAGCCGAGGCCGCUGCCCUCUCUCCUUCUAUUAAUGUCCGAGAAAAUUGGCCGGGGCCGCUCCCUCCCUCUUCUUCUAUAUUAAUUGGUCUGAGAAAAUACCGAGACCGAUGGACAGGGGGAACCGCUGCCCCCCUCUUCUUCUAUUAAUGUCCGAGAAAAGCCGAGGCCGGCCCGAUGGAUAGGGCGGCGGCUGUCUCUCUUCCUCUCCUUUUAUUAAUGUCUGAGAAAACCCGAGACCGAUGGACAGGGCGGCUGGCUGCCCUCUCUCCUUCUAUUAAUGUCCGAGAAAAUUGGCCGGGACUGCUGUUCCCCUCUGCUUCUAUUGAAAUUAAUGUCUGAGAAAAGCCGAGACCGAUGGACAAGACGGCGGGCGGGUCUUCUAUUAAUGUCCGAGAAAAGGCGAGGCCGAUGGGUUGGGUGGUGGCUGCCCUGGUCUUCUCCUAUUAAUGUCCGAGAAAAGUAGCCGGGGCUGCUGCCCUCUUGUUCUUCUAUUAAUGUCCGAGAAGAGCCGAGACCGAUGGACGGGACUGCGGGCGCCCUCCCCUCUUUCUAUUAAUGUCCGAGAAAAGUAGCCGAGGCGGCUGCUCUCCUCUUCUUCUAUUAAUGUCCGAGAAGAGCCGAGACCGAUGGACAGGACGGCGGGCGCCCUCUUGUUCUUCUAUUAAUGUCCGAGAAAAGCCGAGGCCGAUGGGUUGGGUGGUGGUUGCCCUGGUCCUCUUCUAUUAAUGUCCGAGAAAAGUAGCCGAGGCUACUGCCCUCCUUCUGUUCUUCUAUUAAUGUCCGAGAAAAGUAGCCGAGGCCGCUGCUCUCCUCCUCUCUUUCUAUUAAUGUCCGAGAAAUGUCGAGACCGAUGGAGAGGGCAAGGCACGGCCUACCCUUCUUUCAGCGCUUGGCCUUCAAUUUUGGCCAAAUUGCUAAAUUUUUGAUUUUAAGCCAUUCGAGUGAAAUUUAUUAGAAACCUGACCGACCCGGGCGCGGUGUGUCCCUCUCUUUCUGAUCCAGCGCGGGCGCUUCUCUAUCUGGGCUGGAAGGUCUACAAAUUUUAGCCAAGGCGCCAGCUUUUUGACUUUGAUCAGUUACAAUUUGGGCGAAAUUGGAAACCCAUCGCGCGCACGGUUUCCCCUUUUUUCGGCGUUUGUUAGUUUUUAAAUUUUGGCCAAAGUGCUAAGCUUUUGAUUUUAAACCAUUUGGAGGGAAAUUAGAAACCAACUGCGCGCACUGCCUCCCUUUUUUCUCGGCGUUUGUUUUUUAAUUUUGGCCAAAGUGCUAAAUUUUUGAUUUUAAACCAUUUUGAGCGAAGUUAGGCACCUGGCUGGGAUGGGAUAGCACGGCUUCCCCUUUUUUCGGCGUUUGUUAGUUUUCUAAAUUUUGGCCAAAGUGCUAAAUUUUUGAUUUUAAACCAUUUGGAGCGAUAUUAGAAACCAACUGCGCGCACUGCCUCCCUUUUUUUUCGGCGUUUGUUUUUUAAUUUUGGCCAAAGUGCUAAAUUUUUGAUUUUAAACCAUUUGGAGUGAAAUUAGGCACCUGGCUGGGAUGGGAUAACGUUAGAAACCAACCGCGCGCACUGCCUCCCUUUUUUCUCGGCGUUUGUUUUUUAAUUUUGGCCAAAGUGCUAAGUUUUUGAUUAUAAACCAUUUUGAGUGAAGUUAGGCACCUGGCUGGGAUGGGGUAGCACCGCUUCCCUUUUUUUCGGAGUUUGUUAGUUUUUAAAUUUUGGCCAAAGUGCUAAACUUUUGACUUUAAACCAUUUGGAGCGAAAUUAGAAACCGACCGCGCGCACUGCCUCCCUUUUUUUUCGGCGUUUGUUUUUAAAUUUUGGCGAAAGUGCUAAGUUUUUGAUUUUAAACCAUUUUGAGUGAAAUUAGGCACCUGGCUGGGAUGGGAUAACCAUCGGGAUCUAAACCGUCGGGAUCUAAACCAUCGGGAAGAUCUAAACCAUCGGGAUCUAAACCAUCGGGAUCUAAACCAUCGGGAUCUAAACCAUCGGGAUCUAAACCAUCGGGAUCUAAACCAUCGGGAUCUAAACCAUCGGGAUCUAAACCAUCGGGAUCUAAACCAUCGGGAUCUAAACCAUCGGGAUCUAAACCAUCGGGAUCUAAACCAUCGGGAUCUAAACCAUCGGGAUCUAAACCAUCGGGAUCUAAACCAUCGGGAUCUAAACCAUCGGGAUCUAAACCAUCGGGAUCUAAACCAUCGGGAUCUAAACCAUCGGGAUCUAAACCAUCGGGAUCUAAACCAUCGGGAUCUAAACCAUCGGGAUCUAAACCAUCGGGAUCUAAACCAUCGGGAUCUAAACCAUCGGGAUCUAAACCAUCGGGAUCUAAACCAUCGGGAUCUAAACCAUCGGGAUCUAAACCAUCGGGAUCUAAACCAUCGGGAUCUAAACCAUCGGGAUCUAAACCAUCGGGAUCUAAACCAUCGGGAUCUAAACCAUCGGGAUCUAAACCAUCGGGAUCUAAACCAUCGGGAUCUAAACCAUCGGGAUCUAAACCAUCGGGAUCUAAACCGUCGGGAUCUAAACCGUCGGGAUCUAAACCCUCGGCGGAUGUGUGUGGCGGUGUGUUUUUUUUUGAGCGUUUUGAAAAUUGGUUGUUUAUUGUUCAUUUUGUUUUUGUAUUAACAUUGUAGUACGAGUAUAUGCAGGACCUCCACGUGAGAAUCCCGUCAUGCCAUUGCGUGAUAUUAUUUUCAACUCCACUUCUAAUUUCAGUAUUUGUGAAGUGCAAGAAGACGAAGCAACAUUUUUUGGUCACUACAAGGCAAGAAUCAAAAGUUGAUCUCAAACAGAUUGCCGCAGCAACGGGUGCCAAGGAACUACGUCUAGCCUCAAAAGACUCGUGCCUGGAACUGUUGGGUAGUAGCAAGGGAUGCCUCACAUGUCUCGCUUUGUGGUUAUGAAUAAAUAUCUAGUACUUGAAUGAGAUGAAUCCAAAGACAUUAACACUCAUUCUUUCAGGACUCAGAUACUCCCUGUACGAAGUUUUCAAGAACAUCAAGCUGAAUCUAUUAUACAAGCAAUUCGUAUUUCUGAUUUCAGCUUACGAUUAGGCUUUAAAGGUUUCCGCUCCUGAGGACAUUAACUUUUCUAAUUUCCUACAACGACGCCGAAAAGACUCUGGAUAAGGAAUCAGUGUCGUGGGUCGUGGAGAAAGAAUUGCUAGACAUCGGCGAAUGGCGGAUCUGCGCAGGCUGCGAGGACCCGUUGGAUCAUAAACAGCACAACAUCGUCGACAUCAACCAAGAAGAUCUUGCCGCGUUGCUGCCACACUGCUGGGAGAAGAAGUGGCUGAUGUACUUAUUACCGUUCCCACUUCUAAAUACAAGCCGUCGUGGAUGGCUCUAGUACUAUAGCCGUGUAAUCGUAGCCGAGCCAACUUCUCUCCUACCUUGCAGUACAACUAGUGGUUACGCUUGGCUGUUGAAGAUGCAGCUGCUUCUUGGUCCUGGCGUAGCAGGAAGUAGACGCGCCCAUGGGUUUGCCCGAGCAUGCGAGAUGCGAUUUCAGUGGAGCUAUCUAAAGCGGGUCGCCGACGCUCGCCGUGCAUUCUGAAGCUGCAGUGGAGAUCCAGGUGCCCGCGCAUGCGUCGUAGCACACGCCCUAGGCCUUCGCUCUUCCGUAAAUCAACAGCGCUUCGUAACUGAACCGUAUUUGCCAUUUGUCGCCUGCCCCAGGCCCGCCGCGCGCCACAAGAACGCUGCGCGCUGGCCGACCACAUUUUGCUGUGUCGCUCGCGCCCUACGCCGCCGCUAUCGCAGCAUAUCUCCUAGUGUCUCAUAGGCGCAUCAUCUUCUACAACAAUUUACGUGUAAAUCCAUCGUCGCAAGAAAACGCGCCUAACUUCUACAUCUCUACAACAUCAGCUCUGCCGCGUCGGGUUCUUGGGCACUGGUCUCGAAGGGAGCCGGCAGUAGCUCAACGUCAGAAUCGAGGAGUCAGCCGAAGCAGCCUUAUGGUGUCAGGUGUCAAUGUCACGCAUUUGAAUCGAUCUGAGAUUCAAAGUUGAGUUGAAGUUGUCCGUACCAAGCAUCUAGUUGAAUUUGAAAGAUGAACCGGUGGCACUACGAUAGAAGGAGUUAGAAGAGAGCAUGCUAACUUUUUCAAUUCUUCUAAUCUUUUCCGAAACAAGCCAAGAAAAGUAAAGCAGAACCGAAAGCCGAUGCGUCUGCUGUUGCUACCGGGAAUGAGGAGAAGCCCGAAAAGGAGGUCAAGAAACAGCAGAAUUUUGCGGAUCCGUGGUUGUUUAGUUCCAAGCCACCGGAAGAAACGCUUUUCGCCUCCGCCUUUGCACGCUACGAUGCUGCUGUGCAAGGAGCUUAGUAGCCGAGUUACCAGGCUAGUUCAGGACAUCGAGAAAAGUUCUGGUCUAACGCUUUUCGUCGUGUGCGACGGAGUUCUUGGUCUUGUGCCGUAUGAUUUAAAAGAGCUUGAAAUUUUGUGCAUGGCGGCUUUCUGCACCGCGACAACCCCAAGGAUUAUCGAUAUAAUCGCUUACUUCGCUCAGAAUCACCCGUGAAAUUAGCAUUAUAUAUAUAGAUACAUACAAGGAACAACUGAAACUGUGCAACAUCGUAGCGUGACGGCAAUCAGGUGAAGAGUGACAGCACAGACAGAAUUACUUUGAAUUCGGUUGGAAGCCGUCAAGACCUUCCUCUCAUUGUCGCCAUGCAUGUUCGAUUUGUUUCGUUUUGGUAUCGACGAAAUCGUGCGUGAUAUUAGAGCCCCUGUGGGAAUAUCUUCCCAUAGUUGUGUAAAAACGAUGAAUGAGAGAACAUAAAGGCGAGUGAUUCAAAGUCAGCUGUUUUUCUAUUCUUCAAACGCCCGCGUAUGAUAUUGACCGCAAAAUCGAUUAGAAUGAACUCGCUCGUUUCAUAAUUUUCGAAGUUCGCGUGUUGGUUCACGUUUUCGAGACUGUUUUACAAAGCAAAAUCGAUUGUUAUAACUCGCCUCACUAUGGUGGACUUUUUUUCCUUUGGUCGGCACUGCUUGGAACACCUCCGAGGGAUCAAAAUGAUGAGGCAGCAAACGAAUGAAAGAAUAGAUUGAAUUUUGCUGCCGCCAGCAGAUUGAACUUGAAUUUAUUUUUAUGUCAGCGCGAGAAUCAACAAGAAAGCUCACGAAAAAUAUAAUGACUUGAACAUCGAUCUGUUCUACUUGUGGGUUCUACUUCUACUCAGCGAAGAACCCUUCGAAGUGAC